UGUAACAAAGCUGUCAUUAUGUUUAAACAUCUUUCAAUUUUAAUCCACGAUGCCCAACUUUGCCUGUGCGGUACCACAUGCAUCCAACGGCACAAAAACGAGAGCCAUUGUGGCAGUAGAAGGUAAUGGAUCUCCCAUUGAUCCCAUCUCAUCUGGAUUUGACCUCCCAUGAACAAGGAACUGUCGGACUCCUUAGUGUCCAAAUCACCGGAGAGCCGAAAUAUGAGAAUCGCAUUUGGAUUAGUCAGUUCCAGUCUCAAUCAUGAAGGAUAACGUAGGUUCCUUCGUGGUCCUUCUCGGUCUUUCCACAAUACUUCUUGCCGUGUGUCGGCCUUCCCAAGGGUCCCCUUUCAACACAAUGGACUUUGAUUCCCUCGAGGAGUUUGGAUCCAAGACCAAGCGGCCUUUUUGUAACGCCUUUACAGGUUGCGGACGCAAACGCUCUGAUCCCGAUCUCGACCUGUCGAGUGACCUGGAUCAAGAGGCUGAGCAGAUUGGGGAGCACAUGAUCACAGGACUGAGCCCCAUGGAACUGAUGCAAACUCGGAAAUUCGGCAUGUCCAGUCUGAGACCAGAGGGUGGCCAACUUGGAUUCUUUCCCGGAUACUUGAAAAGGAAAUAAGUGUCCCCUCAGACAUCAGCCAUCUUCUUCCCUCCUUCCAUCCUCAUUCUCAGACUACAAUAAAGUGUUAGCCGAGAUGAUUGGCUUGUUUUUAGAUCCGAUCAAGCUAUCCAAAUCCAAAAUUGCUCCCUUUCAAACUGGAGCAAUCACAUCAUACCUUCAUACCUAUGAGCGUUGCUGAGUGCAAAGUUCGGAGUACUUUCAGCCUUGUCUUUGUGUGUCUUGAGAAAACUUGAUCGCACCUCGUUCCGUUCUUGUGCUUUUUGUGCUCAGGAACCUUUUUUUAGACGGAUCGCAGGAUCUUCAAUCGUCAGUUUCCUUUAACCAGAUCCCAAUUUACCGUCCAGGCUCGAGUUUGGACUCUCGGAAGAAAGCGAUCCGGUCAAGCGAAGGAACCUUAAUUGGUUCUACCAACAACAUUCGAGCACGUUCGAUUACUAGAUCCGAAGAUGGCGCCCCAAUUUCCGCGAUCUUCUCAUGUCUAUGAUCGGACGAACUCCUAUUUUUAACCAUGAAGUGCCUCUAUCUUGAAGCUCAGCUCAGUAAUAGCAGUAAUGAGUCUGAGAACGUAGAUCCAUUUUGUGAACAAUAUUUUUGUGUUUUUUGUCUCGUGAGCAAUUUCUGCGUUAUCUUACUGUAUUCAUCCAUCCUUCACGGAGGUUGGUCUUAAUUUACGGUUUAGAUUAUAAGAUAUACAGAAUGGUUUGUCAUUCGUUUUAUGUUGUAAACAGAUCGAUCAAUGAGUCUUCCUAUCAAUAAACCUUCAAUGAGUG